GGGGAGACACCAUGAUCAGGCAGGUGGUUUUCCCAGGGCGAGGCUCAUCCCCUGCACUCCGGGUGUGCUGACCCCUGCGAUUUCCCCAAAUGCGGGAAACUCGACUGCAUAAUUUGUGGUAGUGGGGGACUGCGUUCGCGCUCUCCCCUGACAUUCCGGCGUUCUAACAACAGACCGUCAGCGCACGCGCACUGAGCUCCUGCCGUUGUUCCGUGCGUUACUGCCGCAAGCAGCACCCAUGGCUGACCCGUGCAGCAGCGCUGGGCCGGUGACCGGAGCUCCGGGGGUGCCCGUUGGUGCUGCCGCGGUCCCCCGAUCUGCGCUAGUGAAAGGCGGUGCGUGUCGCCGUUAGGACACCGGUAAUGGCGUCAGCGCUUGAUUGUGCUUUAUCAUCUCACGCGUCCCGGUUCGUCCGGUUCUACCCCACGUCGACUUGUCCCCUCGGUUUUGGGGUCCCCGCACCGUCCUGCGCAGGCACCUCUCAUUCACGCGUGGACGCCUGCGGUUGUGCAGGCACCGGUCACGUGGCGAGGGAGGGCGUAGACCCUUUCGGUAAUGACGUUCCCAGCGUGACACUAUCCUUCCGCGCUUCCGGAUCCGGUUCCGUGCUUGGCGGCGCGGCCCUUAGCGGGGCGGCGGCGGCGGCGGCUCCGGGAGCCCGUCGGGAUCCACCCGGAUGGCUUCCAGUGCCGCCCGAGGGCCGCGCUGCCGGGAGCGGAGCCGCCGGAGCCGCUCGGGACGGGGAUCGGUCCCCACCGCCAGCAGCCGGAGCCGCAGCCGAGUGCGGGAGAGCAAGCCCCGAGCGCUCCGAGAACUGUCGCCACUCGGACAUCUGGAUGCUUUGACCCACUCUGAGGAGGGAGUAGAAGCUGCCAAAUCCCAGAAAAAAAAUAUCCAAACCCAAAAACCAAAAAAUAGUCCUAGUGACCCCAAUGGCCCAGCCCCUGCAGAGACUGAGGGACACGGCGAGCCCUCAAGAACCUCGGAGAACGGCUCCGUGCCGGCCCCGAAGGCACCCGGGAAGCGUGGGCGGAAAUCCAAGACAGAGAUGCUGCUGCUGAAACUGUCUCAGGACCUGGAGUGCCCGACCCCGGAGCCCAUCUGUGCGCAGAAGAUGCUGGGGAACAGCGAGGCGUCAGAAGGCCUGGAGACCCCCCCCAGCGGGCGCCCCAAGCGUCGGGCAGCCAAAGUGGCUUUGCUGUACCUGCAAGAGCUGGCGGAGGAGCUGACGUCGGUGUACCAGCCUCCGGCUCCCACCGAAGGUGCCCAGGAGCCAGAGCUCGAGCAUAUCCAGAAGAAGCGUCGGAGCCGGAGGAGGAAGGAGGAGGAAACGGAUAGCGAUGAUCCUGCACGAGAUGCUGACUUUGUGCCCUCGAAGGAGGUGUUGCUGCAGGCAGAGGAGGAGGAGGGGAGUGAUGCGCCACUCAGUGAGGCGUCGGAGCCAGAGCUGGAGGCGCUCCGGGGACACGGUGGGAAGGUGUCGUCUGCAGGGAGAUCCAAGCCCCAGUGCCGAGGCCUUGCUCCCAACGGAUUCCACAACUCCAUCAUGGCCCCGGUGGAGAAGUGCUCCAGCCUCACCUGCAGCCUGAGGGAUCAGAAGUACUCGCAGUGGGAGUUUCCCGACUGGAUCCCUUUGGCACACAAGUGGACAUGUCUCUCUGAAAGUGAAGCUGCCCCAUACCUGCCGGCAGAGGAGAAGUCUCCCCUCUUCUCCAUCCAGCGGGAGGGCAUCGAAGACGACGGUGUCUUGUACAGGGUAAACAGGUUCAGCUCCCUGCAGCCCCACGAGGAACGCCUGGACGUGUCCUUCUUCGUGGGCGGCCCUGUGUGGGCGAUGGAGUGGUGCCCGUCGCCAGAGGGCUCGGCGGCCUCUCAGUACGUGGCUCUGUACUGCCACGGGAGCAUGGAGGAGACGCACAGCAUGGCCGGGCUGCACGGGGGCCUCGCGCUCCUGCAGCUCUGGGGCCUGGGCACGCUGCAGCAGGAGCAGGGCUCUGCUGACAAAGCCGGGCUGGCCUAUGCCGUCGCUGCCGACCACGGCUGCGUCUGGGACAUGAAGUUCUGCCCCAGCGGCGCCUGGGAGCCACCCACUGCUGCCAGGAAGCACCCGCAGAUGAGCCGGCUGGGGCUGCUGGCCGUGGCCUUCUCAGAUGGCAAGGUGGUCCUGUACUCCCUCCCGCACCCAGGGGCCCUGCAGCGCUCCAAGAGAACCCAGGUAAAAGAUGGGUCCUUCCACAAGCACGUUAUCUGCAAGGUGCAGUGUAUUGCCACGCUCCAGGUGGGCUCCAUCCAGGCAGGGAACGUGUCCGAGUGCGGCCAGUGCUUCAGCCUCUCCUGGAUGCCGUCCAAGCCCCAUCAUCACCUUGCAGCCGGUUUUUAUGACGGCACCGUGGCCAUUUGGAACCUGCUCACCAAGUCCCUACUGCAGUGCGUGCACCAGCCCGACGGCUCCCUCAAGCUCUACCCUUUCCGGUGCUUUCUAGCCCACGACCACGCGGUCCGGAGCAUCGAGUGGUGCAAGGCUGACAGCAACUUCCUGGUCACGGCAGGGAGCGACCGUAAGAUCAAGUUCUGGGACGUGCGGCGGCUCUACGAGCCCAUCAACAGCAUCAAGCGGUUCCUCAGCACUGAGGUGGCCUGGCUGCUGCCGUACAACGGGGUCACCGUGGCCCAGGACAACUGCUACGCCUCUUACGGUCUCUGUGGGAUCCACUACAUAGACGCCGGGUACCUGGGCUUCAAGGCUUAUUUCGUGGCCCCUCGGAAGGGGACCGUGUGGAGCAUUUCGGGCUCGGACUGGCUGAACACAGUGGCUGCAGGAGACAUCACUGGCGAGCUGGUGGCUGCGGUGCUGCCCGACCUGGCCAUCAACCCCCUCAACGUCAAGCGGUCCUCGGACCGCAGAUUUCCGGUCUACAAAGCCGAUCUGCUGCCCUGCAGCCCCGCCGGGCCGGAGGAGGGCGAGCAGGCGCUGCCAAAGACCAGGCGCUACAGCGAGAUGGUGACCAAGAGCUACAUCCGAUUCCGGGACACGGACCUGCGUCCGCCCCUGCUGCGGUCCCGGUGCCGCAGGACCGCUGUGUGCGCGGUGUUCCUGCCCCAGGCGUGCCGCUCAUUGCGGUGCCGCCACUUCACAGCGCAGCUUCAAGAACUUCUCCAGCCGCGAGCCCAUGCGCAGGAUGCACACGCAGGAGGUGAAGGCAGAGCUGAGCCUCGACCGCCUGCAGCUGGAGUCCCUGCACAAGGUGCGCUUCAGCCCCAACCUGGACUCGCACGGCUGGCUGGUGUCGGGUGGGCAGGCAGGCAUCGUGCGGGCGCACUGCCUGGUGGGGCUGGCCUCCGGCGUGAGCCGCCAGCUGCUCCCAGAGCGCCGUGCCCGCUUCACCUCCCUCUACGGGGACAAGCCCGGCAGCCCCAGCCCCGCCGAGCGCUCCCCGCUGCCGGCAGAGUAGCGUGGUGGAUCCCUCAUGCUGCUGCCGCACGCACUUGCCCCGGGCAGGAGCUUGGGCCGGGGGCAGGCUGCGCUGGCCGGGGCCUGGGGGGGGCUGCCUGGCCCCUCUCAGUGCUUGUUACCCUCUGGGCCCCCGCCUCGGGGGAGGGAUGGCCGCUCCUGGCCAUCGCCUGGGGUGCUCAGGACACUCGUCCUCGUGCUCUGGGCCCAGAAGGAUCCUUUUGCGCUGUUUGGUCUGAGCUGGUGCGGGGAGGGUGGUGGGACCGGUGUGUGUCCCUGGGUUGAGCUGUGGGUCUGGGGGCCUGACGCUGGGGAAUCGCCUGCGGGCCCUGCGUGCGUGGGGCUGCGCUUGUUCUCGCCUCCCACGCCCCGUCGCCGGCUGACCCACCCGUGCAGGUGCCAGGGGGGCCGGCAGAGGUGCCGGGAGCUCUGAAGUCGCUCACAUUGAGCCUGUGUUCAACUGUGCAGUAAAUGUUGGUUGUUUUGUAAA